UUCGUCGUCACUUACUGAUCUUUUUUUAUGGGUGGUCAUUUCUGUUCGCGUGUUAGAGAGAUAGAGAUUUCCGGUUCAUACACCUCUCUCCGUAACACUCCGCACUGAGAGAGAGAUCGUGGAUUCGCAUUUGCCGUAACGGAGGCGAAGGAAUGCAUUCGCUAGCAUAACCGACUCUCUGAAUCCCUAUUACAGAUCCGUUGUUGUUAUUUGCUGAUUUUCAUAAUCUGCUUCUGUUUUUGUUUUUCUCCAUCCGGAACGAUGGUUUCGACGAGUAAAAUCAAAUCCGUUGAUUUUUACAGGAAAAUUCCAAGAGAUCUGACUGAGGCAUCGCUGUCUGGUGCUGGCCUAUCCCUUUUUGCAGCCUUUUGCAUGAUCCUUUUAUUUGGAAUGGAACUAAGUGAUUACUUGACUGUGAGCACCACGACAUCAGUAGUUGUUGAUGAAAGUGCUGAUGGGGAUUUUUUACGAAUUGAUUUUAACAUUAGUUUUCCCGCGUUGUCUUGUGAGUUUGCAUCUGUGGAUGUGAGUGAUGUCCUGGGAACGAAUAGGUUGAAUAUAACAAAAACAGUGCGCAAGUAUUCCAUAGAUUCAAAUUUGGUGCCUACUGGUUCUGAAUUUCAAUCUGGAGCAAUUGCAAAUGCUAUUAAGCAUGAUGAGGAAGUAAAUGAAGAGCAUGCUGAAGGUGCUGUGAGACUAACUGGCCGUAAUUUUGAUAGAGUAUCACACCUAUAUCCAAUUGUGGUCGUGAAUUUCUAUGCCCCUUGGUGCUAUUGGAGCAACCGAUUGAAACCUUCUUGGGAGAAAGCAGCCCAAAUAGUAAGAGAAAGAUAUGACCCAGAAAGUGAUGGGAGAAUUAUUUUGGGAAAGGUUGAUUGCACUGAAGAAGUUGAUUUAUGUAGAAGGAAUCACAUACAAGGUUAUCCAUCUAUUCGCAUCUUCAGGAAAGGAAGCGAUGUUAGAGAUGAUCAUGGGCACCAUAAUCACGAGUCAUACUAUGGUGACCGGGAUACAGACAGCCUGGUGAAGACGAUGGAAGAACUGGUUGCACCUAUUGCAUUGGAGUCUCAAAAGGUUAGUUCAGAUAGUAAGUCUGUCGACGUGACAGAUGGGAUAAAAAGACCUGCACCAGUAACUGGAGGAUGCAGAGUUGAAGGCUUUGUGCGUGUUAAGAAGGUUCCUGGAAACGUUGUUGUAUCAGCUCGUUCAGCAGCUCAUUCAUUUGAUGCUUCUCAGAUGAACAUGUCACAUGUAAUUUACCGAUUUUCCUUUGGUAAGAUGUUAACUCCAAAGGCGGCGAGCGAUGUGAAGAGGUUAAUACCAUACCUUGGUCAAAGCUUUGACAAGUUGAGAGGCAAUGCAUACAUUACUAAUCCAAAGGAGUCACGUGAAAAUGUUACCAUUGAGCAUUACCUUCAAGUAGUGAAAACAGAGGUGGUUGCAAGAUCCUAUAAAAUAGCUGAGGACUAUGAGUACACAGCUCAUAGUAGUUUGGUUCACAGUACUUCCAUACCUGUUGCAAAGUUUCAUUUUGAGCCGUCGCCUUUACAGGUCCUCAUAACAGAAGACUCAAAAUCUUUUUCACACUUCCUUACAAAUGUAUGUGCCAUUAUCGGAGGUGUUUUUACGGUAGCUGGCAUAGUUGAUUCCAUUUGGCACAAUACUAUGAGGCUCAUGAAAAAAGUUGAACUAGGAAAGAAUUUUUGAUAGAGAUAAAACUCUUAGUAUAGUGAGUAGAUUAUAGUUCCUGAACAUUAGUUUACUAAGGUGCGCUUUAAUUUUAAUGUAAACUAAUGUAUGUUGUUCUUCGUUCAAACUUCAAACAGAGCACAUGAAACUUGACUGUUGUUUAUCGGAUUGCCAUUAUAGGUCGAUCUGAAUUCUGACAUUUAGAGAAAGAAAAUUAUUUAUUAGUG